UAAGCCCCCAGAUCCUCUCCCAACCUCAGUGGAGGGAGCCUUUAAGGAAUAGCAGAGGGACUUCUCUCACUGGGUGAAUAAUGCCUUAUGCUUGUAGGGUGAGUCUGUAUUUUUCCCAGAGAGGUGUUCCUAGAUUUUUAACUUGGUCGUUACAGACAUCUGAUUGGGCACUGUGUAGGGAGAGUCUCGUUCAUCUUCACUGGCAAGGAGGCUGAGGCUCAGUGGAGCGACUUUGCCCUCCCUCUUCUAUGUCACUCUGGAAGCUCAUUUGCCUAGAGGGUAGAAUUUCCCAAUAGCGUAACUCCCUGUGACUCAGCAGUUAUGAAAUACCCAGCUUCCCAGCAUAGAUCUUUGUCUAAAAGCCAGGGGGCCAGUGUCCUGCUCUUGUUUUAUCAGAUCAGUGGUGGUGCCUGGAGGAAUCUCGCUUUAUGGUCUCUAGACCAUGAAGAGGGUGGAGAGGCACGUGGUCAAAGGAGCGCAGGACAAACACUUUGAUUUGGAGAGGAAGAGCGCCAAGCAGGCUGAAGCCAGACUCAGCCAGAGACUGCGGAGCCUGGAGGAGAUCUGCCUCUACCACAUGAAAUCGCUGACCCGGGAGCAGAGACAGCUCCAGAAAGAACUUCAGAGGUUGCAGCAAGGACUCCAUAACAGAGGUCUACCAACUGGCUGCCUUAAGCAACAGAACUUCACUGUGUUUGCAGUUCUGGAGUGUAGAGGUUCAAGAUCAACGUGUGGGCAAGCAGAGAUCAUCAAGAAAAAGCUCUCCUCCUAUUUUGGGAAUGGAAUUCAGAAGAGACCAGAAAACAUCCUCAAGUUCCCACAGGGAAAGCAGAAGCUCAGAGUCCCACAGACUGAUCAUGUUGGACCAUUGGCAACCAACACAGCCCCAGAAACAUACAGCAGCAAGCCCCAGAGGCCUCCUUCUCAUCCCACUGGUCUCAAGGACUCCAUGAGGAACAAGGAGCACCAAUGUCAGAACCACAGAACUGCCUGCCUCGCGGAGGAGAUGCCACAAGCCCAAGGGGAGGACUCCAUAAAGGCACCCAAGGGUAGAGACCCCAACAAAGGCAUCUCUGCUCUAUGUCACCAUCAAGCUGUUUCCACCAGCUCCUCGGAAAAAGACCCAGGUUCCAGCCCUGCUGGGGAUAGCGGAGCGGCACCUGUUGACGAGAACAGAUCCCAGGAUGCCAAUCUAAAGCCAGGCAUGAAUGCUGGGAUCCAGAUUCCCCCACAUUUCACAGAAGAUGCAAGAGAGUCCACAAAGCAGACCUUCUUAGAGUUGCUCGCAAAGGUCAAAAAUGCCCACUAUCUCCGGCAUAGGGUGCCCCCUGAGUCUGAGAGGUUGCUUAGUAUUGCAGAGAUAUUUGGACAUGGGGAGUCCUCACUGCGCAGGGUAAGAGAAGAGUCUGAAAAGCAGGCGCCAUCUAAUCCCUUCUCCAGCUAUUUAAUACAGGCUGACAAUGACACACAGAGGCAUCACCAUGCAAAUGUGCUCUUUAAAUAAUGGCAGUAAGCAAUACAGAGAAGCAAAGGGACAGGCAGAAAUGGAGGACAAUUUUAUCUUAAACCCUCAGUUCCUUAUUUUUUUUGCUUUUACAGGAAGAUGAUGUUUCCCGAAAUAAAUAAACCUAGCAUAUGAAAAAUGAGAGGAAGGAUGAAUUUUCUGAAAAUAUUUUAACUGAAGCACAUGUAUUGCUAACGUCAUAAAAUAUAUGAAUAUACAUUGA